ACAUGUAGGAGAUGAUCAAAGAACGAUCACUGGCAAGAGAGUCGCCUGCGUACCCUUGACGCUCUUGAUGGGGAUGUCACCAAGGCAAGCCAGAAUGAUCUAGCUCGGCGGUACAUAGACCUAGACAUUGUGUCUUUGCUGGCUUUGAAACUGUCUUUGGCUGGCUUUGAAACUGCAUGAAACUGCUCAUACUUUUUUGGUGCAUGGCUGGUGCACCAAGAUGGAGCGGUACGCCGUGGAGAAGAUCAUAGGGGAAGGGACGUAUGGGAUCGUGUACAAAGCCAUCGAAAAGGUACCGCCUACCAGUGUUCCACAUCCUGCACACGACUGAGCUGUCCAUCGAUCGUUUUGUUCGUUUUGCAGUCGACCAAGGACGUCGUGGCCAUCAAAAAGUUCAAGUUCCUCACAGACGAUAUGUUGUCGAAGCGAGAACUGCAAGCCUGUUCGAUGCUGAACCACCCGAACAUCGUUGCCUUCCGCUACAGCUUCCGCGGCGACGGGUUCCUCCAUCUCGUGUUCGACUACGCCCCUUCGACACUGUCCAAGAUCAUCGCCAAGGCCAAGCACGGCCUGCGCCUCGCCCACGUACGGGCCAUUUCGUACCAGCUGUGCAAAGCUAUAUAUUGCUGCCACCAAAACAAAAUCAUCCACCGAGACAUCAAGCCCGACAACAUUCUACUGGACGACAAGGGCAUGGUGAAGCUGUGUGACUUUGGCGUCGCGCGAACCAUCCAAUUCGACGGCGAAGCGCUGUCGGAUUACGUGGCCACGCGGUGGUACCGGCCCCCGGAACAAGAGUUGCGGCUUACCAACUACUCGUACAGUGCCGACAUGUGGAGCGUCGGGUGCGUCGUGUGUGAAAUGCUGCUCGGGCGGCCGCUCUUUUGCGGAGAAAACCAAAUGGAUCAGAUCAAGUUGAUCCAGGAGAUGCUGGGGCCGCUGCCGCCGUCGUUGUCGUCGAGACUGCCCAAAGGGGUGUCGUUGAAUGCCAAGGCUACAACAUACCCCACGCACUCGCUUCAAGACGCGAUCGGCGCCACAUGUCCACCCGAUGCCGUCGACUUUAUCACGCGGACGGUCGUGCUGGAUGCGAGGAAGCGCAUGACGGCGGCAGAGUGCGUGGAACAUCCGUUCUUCAUGAAGCUGCGGGAGGCAGAGCUCGUGGAACAGCGAAGUCGACGCCGUCGUCCGACGAUUGAGAGAGAUGACAUCGAAGAGGACAUUGUCGACGGAAGCUACAAGCAUGUUGCUGCGGACGUUGACAACGACAAUGGACUCGACGAAUCCGGACCGACCUUGGGCGACGUGAAGAUUGACGAGAGCGUAUCACUUGCGGCCGUGACGAAAGGGAUGCGGCCCUUAGUGGCUUACCGAGGGACCAAGGCCGCGAAAGAUGACGACAUCCAGGAGAUCAUCGAAGGUGACGACAACAACUCGUCCAGGAGGAGGAUGUAUGGAAGCAACGUGAGCACUCACAGCGAACAUGCCGCCUACGACGACGACUUUGAGGACUACGAGAGCGAUUGCAAAAGAUAAUAAUGACAAGUGACUAUGUGAAUGGAC